UGAUAUUUUUUGUCGUGAUGUGAAUUAGAAUCGCGUCGAAAAAUUUAUAUCGGGAUUAGGUGAAAAUUACGGUUAAAUGGUCAAGAGGCGCUGUCCAUUCUUGUAGACAUAACAAUGAGGCUUGUUUAAUUAGGCAGAAAUUCAAAAGACUACCUGUAGCACGUCAUCAGGUUGUUCGUUUGGUGCAAAGCAGUUCGGUCACAGUUCCCCAGCAGGUUGUUGGAAGUGGACGUAGAAAAGCCACGAUCGCUAUGUAGUUGAAUACAUUCACGAGAGAAAGUUGAAGAAUAAACGAAAACAACACGAUUCGAACGAGAAUAAUGUCUAACUCUUUGUGCAAAUCAUCGGUGUUUAAGGCGUAUCAAGAGGUCAUUACCGAUGUAAUUCAAAAUGUACGAGAGCAAUUCUUAGAAGAUGGACUGGAUGAAACGAUAUUACAAGAGUUAAAAUCUUUGUGGGAGACAAAAUUAGCGGCUACUAAAGCUGUCGAAGAGGUAAAAGAGGUUGACAAAAUAAUAGCUGCAAACAAAACCCAAAAAAUGUCACAGCAAAAUCAACAGACUUUUCUCAAUCAACUUGCCCAACAGCAGAACCCUGCUAAUCAGAUUGUAGGACAAGUGCCACCUAAUAACCACAUACCUCAAGGAAUUGCAUUUCCAGAAUGGAGGAGGGUACCAGUUAAGCUAACUAUUCCUUCACCACCUGGCUGUACCACCACAGAGAAACGAGUACUCGGUAUCGAGGUUCCAGAAGUAUUUUUACAAGAUCAUCAUUUGAAGUCUAUUUUAACUGGCCCGAUUAUUAGUGCCACUUUAAAUUUACCCAUAGAUGCAGCUACAACAUUCUUACAAGACCAAGUAAAUAACGCAUUUUUGAAGCACCAGCAAUCCACUAAUUUUGUCAACAUAAAUAUGGGAAUCAACCCUUCUUUAAUUCAAACUGAUGGUGCAGCAUCUUGUUCCUUGAAAACAAGAAAGACACAAGAGGUACGCGGACAACAUAGAAUAAGGAAAAAGUUAGUAGCUUCCACAAGCGUUAGUACUGAUGAAAAAGUGCCAUACCAAAGUACCACUCAGACCCCAAAGAUUUUUCAAAGCGAUGGAGCACGAGACUCAUCAGAUGAUGAGGAUUUGGACGAUGAAGAAGAUGAAGAUGACAAUGAUAACGAUAUUUUAGACGACAUUGAGGAAGAAGCACAAGAAGCAGCCGAGGACGAGCCUUUAAACUCCGAAGAUGACGUUUCUGAUGCAGAUGGAACCGAAGAAUCUUUUAACACAGACAAUGUGAUUGUCUGCCAGUUUGACAAGAUUACCAGAGCAAAAAAUCGUUGGAAAUUUCAUUUGAACGAUGGUAUAAUGAAUCUUAAUGGAGAAGACUACGUUUUCCAAAAAGCAAAUGGUGAAGCAGAAUGGUAAAAAUAAAAUUAUUGGCCCCCUCCUUGAAAAAAAUAUGGUAAAUCUCUACACAACUAAAAUAUACUUUUUUUGCUCAUUAAUAUUUGUGCAAUCUAGUAUCUUUAAUUGAAAAUUAAGUUUAUUUUUGAGUGUGAUUUUCAAAUAGUUUAUAUUAUAUAUAUUUUAUAAGAUGUUUUUUUUUUUAAUUACUGAAAUAAAUAUUUACGUCAA